ACGCCAACUCCCAUCUCGCACCCUCGCCCGAUGCACCAGAGUUUCAGGCGAGUGGACGCUCCCCUCGUCCUCGCACUCCCAGCUAAUCCCCACACCCGCCACCACGCAGCCCGCUGCUACAGCUCGACCACCCCGCCCAUAGAUCCGGUCGAUCUGGCCACAGCGACAUGAGAGCGACGGCGAAGAGCGCAGAGGACCUGCGCAUGUACGCCGCGAUGCGUCCGCCCGCAUUUGGCUCCAUCUCCAUAUUCUGCCAGCGACCAGUGCUGCACUCCAAGCUGACCAUCUCGCCCGCCGGACCCGAAAAUUGGCGGUUCGAGAAUGAGAUCGACAAGAUCUUGCAGCGGCCACGGUCGCACACGCCCAUCAGUUCGAGCGCAACUCCGGCCACCAGCGCGAGUACAAGCGCGAGUACACUUCCAGCAGCGUCGUCGAGCGAGCCGCAGUAUUCGCGUUCACCAUCACCGCUGACGCCGUCCGAACUGGACGAGGAGGAGGUGGUGGACGGCGGGCUUGAAGGCGAGGGUGAGGGUGCCGACGUCGACAACGACUGCUCGGACGCAAUGUCGGAGCCCGACGGCAUGGAAUGCGACAGUCGCGACGUGUCCGAGGAUGUCGCGGAAGCGCUGGUCGCGUUAGGCAAGGACCGAGGCACGCGGAUCCCGCCAUCGCAUCCGUCGUAUUCACCUGCGGGUCCUCCUCGGGCACCGGCUUCCGUUGCAGAGGCGGACUCGGGCAUCGAUAGCGAGGCCGAGAUGGAGCAGGAGCCUGGGAUGUCUGCGGUACGAACGCGCGAUAUGCCCAUGCCUCCUGCGUACCGAUAUACCCCUCCGCCGUAUCCUCCCCGCCAUGAGCGACCGCCAGCAAUUCCGGCGUUUGUGCCUCCGCUGGAUCCUCAUGUGCUGUAUGCACCGCAACACAUGCAUGCGGAGGCUGAAAGCAUCUUUGUGCGGUCUAACUUUGAGAUGGCUACGUAUCCGGAGCCGGAGGGCAGCACGGAGCUGCUCGAUGGUGAGGACGAGCCUCCGUUGAUGACGCGAAGGAGGAUCAAGUUCAAGGAGCGUCAUGGCACACUCAUUGAGCACGGACGGCCCGUCAAGAUGGAUGGCCGGUUCAAGUGUGCACAUCCCGGUUGUCCAUGGACAUCAGACUCGAUGAAGGACAUCCGGCGACACCAGCUGCGACACAAGGAGAAGCGGCUCCAGUGUCCGCGGUGCGAGAAAAGGUUCGGGCGGGAGGACUCGUUGCGGCGGCACCUGCGCGGCGAGAAACAGUACGAGUGCCGCGACUAUGCGCUGCAGGAGUUCCACGUCGACCGCGUCGAGGACCUCAAUAUGCGGUGGUUCGACACGACACAUACGUAUGACAUGAUGAGCUCGGCGGAGGAGGAGGAUUAGGGACUUGUUGGAUAUAAAGCAUCGCGCGCCCGGCGGCGUGCCCACAGCAUCAUCACCAUCUGUAUUAAUUUAUGUGGCUCUCUCGCUUCUCCUACCAUUCCUUAGGGCGCUAC